AUGUUUCGAUGUAUACCUUUGUUCAAAUGUAAUCGCCAAGUGGAAUGUGUAGACAAGCGGCAUUGCUCGUUGCCAACAGUACCUGAAGACAUUUUACGAUAUUCCAGGAGUUUGGAAGAACUUUUUUUGGAUGCAAAUCAUAUACGAGAUUUACCGAAGAAUUUCUUCAGACUUCAUCGAUUAAGACGAUUAGGGCUUAGUGAUAAUGAAAUCCAUAAGCUACCACCAGAUAUACAGAAUUUUGAAAAUUUAGUUGAACUAGAUGUAUCACGAAAUGACAUUCCUGACAUACCAGAGGAUAUCAAAAAGCUUCGCGCUCUUCAGAUUGCGGACUUUAGCAGUAACCCAAUCCCGCGGCUGCCGGCCGGCUUCAGUCAGUUACGAGCACUUACUGUCCUCGGCCUCAAUGAUAUGUCACUUACCAGUUUACCCAGCGAUUUCGGCAGUUUGGUGUCUCUCCAGUCAUUGGAGUUGAGAGAAAACCUGCUUAAAUCUUUACCAGAGUCACUGAAAAAUUUAAUUAAAUUAGAGAGAUUAGAUUUGGGCGACAACGAAAUCGAGGAAUUGCCCGGGUUUAUUGGUGAACUGCCAGCCCUACAGGAAUUGUGGCUGGAUCACAACAAGCUACAAUAUUUACCUUCAGAAAUCGGCAAUCUAAAGGCGUUAAUCUGCUUGGACGUUAGUGAAAACAAGUUAGAAAAAAUUCCCGAAGAAAUAGGCGGUCUCUGCUCCUUGACUGAUCUCCAUCUAUCUCAAAAUAUGUUAGAAACAGUACCUAACGGCAUUGGCGAUUUGUGUAAAUUAGCUAUACUUAAAUUGGACCAAAAUAGGCUACAUACUUUAAAUGAAAAUGUAGGGAGGUGUACAAAUCUUCAGGAGCUAAUAUUAACAGAGAAUUUUUUAAUGGAACUGCCCAAGUCGAUAGGUAACCUAAAUGAAUUGACGGUACUGAAUGUAGAUAGAAAUUCUUUAGGUGAAAUUCCACUAGAGAUUGGCAAUAUGACGUUACUGGGAGUUUUGAGUUUGCGGGACAACAAAUUAACAAAAUUACCCAACGAGCUUGGCAACUGUAAAUCUCUGCAUGUUUUGGAUGUUAGUGGAAAUAGGUUACAAUAUCUGCCAUAUACGCUCGUUAAUUUAGAGUUAAAAGCUGUAUGGCUGUCAGAGAACCAAGCGCAACCUCUAUUAACCUUCCAAACGGACCGGGAUGAAACUACCGGAGAAAAUGUUCUCACGUGCUUCCUCCUACCUCAGCUUAGUUACACGCAACAACCAGAGUUGGAACAUACGUCAGAGGUCGGCAGUGGCACGUGGUUCAGGGAACACAGAUUUAAUUCACAGUCACAAGAGCUUGAUAGGAUAAGAGAGUCAACUUUGUCACGUGAUCGGGAUUCUGAUGACGAUUGGGAAAUAAAGGAACAAUCUAGAACGAUAUCGGUGAAAUUCACUGAAGAACCGCCAAUUGAAAGAGAGACGCCAUUCGUUCGUCAAAACACACCGCAUCCCAAAGAACUUAAGGCAAAGGCAGUCAAGUUGUUUACUCGAACGCCUGAACAACAGCCGCAAGAGAAAAUAAACGAAGCACCAACAACUAAUGGCAUGGUUUUGUCACCGCCAGAAACUGUACAACCGCCUGAACUAGUGGAACCGUCCCAACAACAAGUGCUACCUGAAACAAACGAUGAUGAAAGUGACAGUCAAGUGCAAGACAAAGAAUCUUCUGAGGCAGAAAACGACGACGAUGAUUCUGAUGAAUUAGAGCGCGAGGGCCGCCGCGUGGCUUGGGUGGGCGUGGGCACGCACGAGCGCACCGGCCGCCUGCACCGCCGCGACACGCCCCACCAUCUGAAGAACAAACGCAUCAACCAGAUGGACCCUGGACGAGCGGAGCGUAUUAUAGCUCAGGUGAUUAAAAAGCAAGAGCUACACGAACACAAAACAGAUGACGAAGCUACAGAAGACGCUCCUGACGGUGAAUCAGUUUCCGAACGAGCGGACAGUGAAGCGCGUAUAGUUAGCGAUCAACGAUGUAUAGAAGUACGUAUAGCCCGGGCGGCUGGUGGACUUGGUCUCAGCAUAGCCGGUGGGAGAGGCUCUACGCCGUAUAUCGGAGAUGAUGACGGCAUCUUUAUAUCCAGAGUAACGCCCAAUGGACCGGCGUACUUGGCUGGACUUAGGGUGGGUGAUAAAGUUCUUUCAGUUAACGGUACAUCCGUGGUUGAUGUAGAUCAUUAUUACGCAGUUGAAGUACUUAAAGCAAGCGGUCCAACUCUUACACUUGUUGUUACAAGAGAUUCUCCAACUUCAACAAGAACGCACAGCCGGGCGCCGAGCGGAGCGAGCCACCACUCUGUGUCGAGUACUACAGAUACAGUAUCUACACUAGAAAAUGGACAGGUAUCAACUGGACGCGGUAUACCAACGAAACCACUCAUCAUCAGCAACCAAUACGCUCAAGAGUUUGAGCCGGAGUAUAAGGAGUCGCCACAAGUCAACAACCAAAGCUACUCGCCUUCGCCCACGCAACCAAAUUACCAGCGGUUGCAAGCCUCUCCUCCCCCGGUUACCCAACCUUUUGUGCCACCGACAUAUCAACAAAAAGUAUUAGUUCACACGACGCUAAUACGCGACGGGUCGGGGCUCGGGUUCAGUAUAGCCGGCGGCAAGGGCUCGCCGCCGUACAGGGAGGAUAGCGAUGCUAUAUACGUGUCCCGCGUCUCGCCGCAGGGCGCCGCCGCCAAGGACGGCAAGAUGAUGGUCGGGGAUAAAGUUGUGUCGAUCAACGGCGUCGAUAUGGAAAAUGCACCUCACGAGUCUGCCGUCCAGUUGCUCACCGGUCAUGAACGAUUCGUGCGGCUUGUACUACAGCGGACUAUCACAUCUGAACAACAAGGCGAAUUGCUCCAGCGGAAAUCCAUAUCAGACGAUGUGAGAGAGCACAAGACGAGUCAACUGAAUUUGAACGCUAUACAAAAACCCACCUUGAAUCACGUGCCCACGGUGAUAAGCAACCACACUGCACCCCGCGUUACGCAUAUUGUAUCGCAACCACAACCACAAACACUACCGCAACCGCAAUUGCAACCACAAACUCAACCACCACCACAACCCCAAACACAAACCUUUGCACCAGCUGCACCACAACCAGCUCCGAGGAGACUGAGUCAAGUUAACGGAACGGCGGGCACCAAACCGGCAACUAACAGUACGAGCACACCUCUAACUCCCGACGCGAAUAAAUUACACAGCUCUAACGACGACGUUUUCGACGACAUUCAGCCGUCUCGAGCGAUAACAAACGAGGAGUUCCAAGCGAUGAUCCCGGCGCACUUUCUGGGUGGCGAGCGUCACCACGAGCGUGCGCCGUCGCCGGUGUCCGGCGUGCGAGUGACGGUGCAGCGCGCGCCCGCGCCGGUGCUGCCCCCACCCCCCUCCACACUCGGACGCGUCACGGAAACUAUCACCAAGUCGACCUUCACCGAGACGACGGUCACACGCAUCACAGAUAACCAACUCGUCGCGCCGCUUAUAAUUGAAGAUGUCACAUUAGUAAAAGAAGGGGGAUCACUCGGUUUUAGCAUAAUUGGCGGAACAGAUCAUUCUUGCGUGCCGUUUGGUGGCAAGGAACCUGGAAUUUUCAUAUCACAUAUCGUGCCAGGCGGUGUAGCGGCUCGUUCGGGUAAAUUACGUAUGGGUGACCGUUUAGUGAAAGUGAACGGUAAUGAGCUGACCGGCGCGUCUCACCGCGAUGCCGUACAGCUGCUGCUGCAGCCCGGCGCCACGCUCACGCUGUCGGUGCGACACGACCCCCUGCCCGCGGGCUUCCAGGAUUUAACAAUAACAAAACAAGAAGGAGAAAAGCUGGGCAUGCAUAUAAAGGGAGGUUUGAAUGGCCAACGCGGGAACCCUAACGACCCUAACGAUGAGGGAGUAUUUAUAUCGAAAAUCAACAGUGGCGGAGCAGCCAGACGCGACGGAAGGCUAAAGGUGGGCAUGCGUCUGCUGGAAGUGAACGGCGUGUCUCUCCUGGGCGCCACGCACAACGAGGCGGUGAACGCGCUGCGCUCCGCCACGCACGCGCCGCUGCACCUCGUCGUGUGUCACGGAUACUCACGCCCCGAGAAGUAUACGACGGGCAGUGAGAGCGGGACAGCCGACACGGGAGGCUCUCUUUCACACUCGACUUCGAGCCUCGACCGGGAUGACUCUAUGCAACACGAGCAACACAGACAAGACAUCGUCGAAUUCGAACAAGAGAAACAAGUUGCUGAAAUGAGAGAGAAAUCAACCCCAGAAAAGGUACUGGACAUAGUACACGCAGUGGAAAGCAUCGCGCUAGACCCGGCGCCGCCCAUUUCGCCCGAGCCACACCACAAGACCACCACAGUCGUCAUGUCCAAACACACCCUACAGCCUCAGUCGUCUAGUUCGCCCACGCCGCUGUCACCGCUCGCAGUGUUCACGCAUCAGAAAGUGAAGAGCCCGACCCCUCAGAGUGUAUCUCCUGCAUCGGCUACAGACGGAACCCCCGUUGAUCCACCACAACCUCAACCUGCUAAACAGAAACCUCCAGUACCCCGAAAACCGCAAACGAAGCGAGUUAGUUUCAUUUCGGAACCUCACGACACGAACGACGGAAACCCUAGAAUCAUUCAUACGAUGCAUGACGAAGAAACUACUAACGAUGCAUGCCGAGACAGCUCUAUACUAAUACAAAACCGACCCACAAAAAUAGAAAUCAAAUCGAACGUCGUCCGCCCCGACGAUUUUAUCAUCCCUCCUCCGCCACUAUUUGCCACAAAAGUAAGUCAGAGUCAAUUAGUUCAUGAAGAUCACGAGCUAAAUCUCCCUGUUAUAACGAUUGUACCCGAGCGUGUAGUUCUUCCAGAACCUAUAGUGGCCGAAACAGCUAUGCAGUCCUCGAAUUCAACUAAUUCACCGGAAACUGAUUUUCCUCCUCCCGUAAAUUACCAAGCUCAUCCGAUCUUAGACUCUUCCUUGUGUUUAGACAACCCUCUUACAUCACCAAUAAUUUCUGAAGUGCCUCCAUAUCAAGUCUUCCGUACUAAACUUUCUUCCAAUGACGAUGAUGACUCUUAUAAUGAAUUAUCACUUAGUCCUGUAGGGAAAUCCGGUCCGCCAGAAUUGUUGCAUGCUCAGUAUAAAAUACUUCCUACAGUUUCGCAUAUACCCAACUCACCUUGCUAUCUGCAUCCCGACAAAAAGUAUUUUGAAGAUACUAAUGUAUCUUUAAGAGACUUAAGAAUUAAAAAUGUUUCAUCCAAUAUGGUACACUCUUCGACUUAUCCUCAAAGUAAUCCGUAUCCAUCUUUAACGACUGUCGCGGGAACGUAUAACCCAUACACAUGCACUCUCCCGGUACGUGUUUCUCACGAGAUGUCAUACUCGACUUCGAUACCACAAUUAUCACCGCCAUUAGUUAGUUCAGUAGGAAAAGACAUUAACGCCAACGUCACACAAUCUGUUCCAAUUAAAGCGGGAGAUGCGACUAAAAGUGUUCAAUCAGAGAGGAGAGUUCGGUUUGGCGAAGUGACGACUGCGCUCGAAUUCGAUAUAGAUUCAAACAGUUUGGACUUAGCGAGAGAAGGGAGUGUUUCGCCCGCAUCGCCCAUGAAACCCGCAUGGAGCAGCAAAAUCAAAUCCUUCGCCAUCGGCGAGGCUUCCCCACCUCAAUCUGGUAAUUUUGUGAAAGCAUCUGUAAGCGAUAAGAAAAAAUUCUUCGAGAAUGCAAUGGAAGAAAGCCACAAGUCAUCGCCUAAACCAGAAAAAGUGUUCACAUUCUUAUCAGCGGAUGAGGUGGAGAAAUUGAAGCAGGAAGAGGAAAGGAAAAUGGCGUCGCUGUCACGCUCUGAGCUCGCGUGGUCCCCCGGGGAGGACCGCAGCGGAGAUAGCGAGCACUCUGACGACGAGCCGUACGAAAAUGGCCAUAGUGUGUCACUGGGCGGGGUGAGUCCCUCUGCGAAGUCGCAGCGUCGACGCGCCAACCGCGACGGGACGGAGGAGGACGCGGAGGCGCGGGCCGCGCGCCGCGCCGCCUGGCGUGCCGCUAGGUUGCGCUCGCUAGAAAAGGAUGCUAUUGAAUCACAAAAAGCAAUUAAAAGCAUGGUGGGUCCAGCGCAUGAAAUCAUAGGAGAGGUGCCAACCAGAGAUAGUUCUCCUUCCGAGGUGGAGACGACGCAAGAGAAGAUAAUAUCACUGGAACUUACAACAAGUCCCAGUAGUGAGACGGCGCCCUCUGAUAUAGAGACUGUUCUAGAAACAGUCGAAUCGGGGGAAAACUCCUUACAGCCGGACAUAGUUCAAGUGGUCAAUCCGUUGCUGGACGGCGGCGCCGGCCGCGUCACCGCCAUAUCGGUAGGCCCCUCGCACAGACUCACAUACAACGAUCAACAGCAG